UUCUAAAACACGAUGGCAACGCGUUUUCUGAGGUGGAUCAUUCUCACCUCUUUGCUCUGCUUGGGCUCCUGUGUUCUGGCGGAAAAGAAAGUAUGUCAAGGUAUCACCAACCGUUUAAACCUUCUUGGCUCCAAAGAGGACCACUACCUGAACAUGGUGAAGACCUACAGCAACUGCACUGUGGUUCUGGAGAAUCUGGAGGUCACAUACAUGGAAGAGCACCGUGACCUCUCCUUCCUCAGGUCAAUUGAAGAAGUGGGAGGCUAUGUCCUGAUCGCCCUCAACACAGCUUCCAGGAUUCCUCUGGAUAACCUUCGCAUCAUCCGCGGUCAUUCCCUCUACGAGGGAGCGUUUGCCCUCGCUGUGCUUGCUAACAGUAACAAAACCACAGGUCAAGGCUCCAGUGAGCUUCUUCUGACCAGCCUCACUGAAAUUCUUAAAGGAGGUGUGAAGUUUGGAACCAACCAGCUAUGCAAUGUGGAGACAAUACACUGGUAUGAUAUUGUUAACAGUGACAACAAACCCAACAUGGAGCUCCCCAUGGCCAGCAACAAUCCACUUUGUAAAAAGUGCGACUCAAGCUGCUUCAACGGUUCAUGCUGGGCACCUGGUCCUCAAAAUUGUCAGACCUUAACAAAGCUGAACUGUGCACAGCAGUGCUCCAAGAGAUGCAAAGGACCUUCACCCAGUGACUGCUGUAAUGAACAUUGUGCAGCAGGCUGCACAGGACCCAGGCCUACUGACUGUCUGGCCUGUCGGGACUUCCAGGAUGACGGGGUGUGUAAAGACUCCUGCCCGGGCCUCUUGCGCUACGACCCCAACUUGCACCAGCUGGUACCCAACCCACAUGGAAAGUACAACUUUGGGGCCACCUGUGUCAAGAGCUGCCCACAUAACUAUGUUGUGACUGAUCAUGGAGCAUGUGUGCGGACGUGCAGUGGUAACACAUACGAGGUGGACGAGGGAGGAAUCAGGAAGUGCGCCAAAUGUGACGGACUGUGUCCCAAAGUGUGUAAUGGACUUGGAACAGGAGACCUGACUCACACCCUGUCCAUCAAUGCAACCAACAUUGACUCCUUUAAAAACUGCACAAAAAUCAAUGGUAACAUCGCUUUCAUCCACACAUCAAUUUAUGGGGAUCCAUACACCAAAACACCAAAGAUGGACCCUGCUCAGCUUGAUGUAUUUAAGACAGUUAAAGAAAUUACUGGAUACUUGUGGAUUCAAACGUGGCCAGAGAGCAUGAGCUCACUCAGUCCUUUUGAGAAUCUGGAGAUCAUUCGAGGACGAACUAAACGUGGUAGCCGCAGCAUGGUGGUGACUCAGCUCCGUGUCAGCUACCUGGGCCUUCGCUCCCUUAAAGAGGUUAGCGAUGGAGAUGUGGUCAUCAUGAAGAACCAGAACCUCUGCUUCAUCAAUAAAAGCCACUGGACACGGCUCUUCAAAUCAGACAGCCAAAGUGUUACGUUAGAGGACAAUGUUGAUACUUCCACAUGUGCCCUGAAGAACAACACUUGUGACAGGAAGUGUACCAUAGAAGGCUGCUGGGGCCCAGGUCCGGAUAUGUGUUUUGCCUGUCGUGACUAUAGCCGUGAUGGGAGCUGUGUUGACUCCUGCAACAUCCUGGAGGGAGAGCCACGGGAGGCAGUCGUGAAUAAAACUUGCAUGGAGUGUCACCCGGAGUGUCAGCGAAUGAAUGGGACUGCAACCUGCAGUGCUCCUGGUUCUGGAAACUGUACCAAGUGUGCCAACUUCAGAGAUGGAUUGUUCUGUGUGUCUCGCUGUCCUCAAGGCGUGCCAGGGAAGGACGACACACUUGUGUGGAAAUACGCAGAUGAGAUGAAAGUGUGCCAGCUAUGUCACAAAAACUGCUCUCAAGGGUGCAUUGGGCGUGGUCUUGAAGGCUGCCAGAGAAAAAUCCCUUCUGGUCUCUCUAUGAUUGCGGCCGGUGUUGUCGGUGGUUUGCUGGCUGUCCUUGUUGCAGGCCUGUCUGUCUUUGUGUUGCUACGCCGACGCCACAUCAAGAGGAAGAGGACAAUGCGCAGACUUCUCCAAGAGAGAGAGUUGGUUGAACCACUGACUCCCAGCGGAGAGGCACCAAACCAGGCUCUGCUGCGGAUCCUGAAAGAACCUGAAUUUAAGAAAAUCAAAGUGCUAGGAUCAGGGGCUUUUGGGACGGUUUACAAGGGCCAGUGGGUUCCAGAGGGAGAGGAUGUGAAGAUCCCAGUGGCCAUCAAGGUUUUGAGAGAGGCCACAUCACCAAAAGCAAACAAAGAGAUCUUAGACGAGGCUUAUGUGAUGGCCAGCGUUGAACAUCCCCAUGUGUGUCGUCUCUUGGGCAUCUGCCUGACCUCCACAGUGCAGCUCGUCACCCAGCUGAUGCCCUAUGGCUGCCUGCUGGACUAUGUCAAAGAAAACAAGGAUAAUAUCGGCUCCCAGUGCCUUCUCAAUUGGUGUGUGCAGAUAGCAAAGGGUAUGAGCUACCUGGAGGAGCGCCACCUGGUACACCGUGACUUGGCUGCCAGGAACGUCCUGGUGAAGACUCCUCAACAUGUCAAGAUCACAGAUUUUGGUCUGGCCAAGCUUCUCAAUGCAGAUGAGAAGGAAUACCAUGCAGAUGGAGGAAAGGUACCAAUAAAAUGGAUGGCUCUUGAAUCUAUCCUGAACAGGACGUACACACACCAGAGUGAUGUAUGGAGUUAUGGUGUUACAGUUUGGGAGCUGAUGACAUUCGGGACCAAACCAUAUGAUGCGAUUCCAGCCAGUGAAAUAGCUGGUGUCCUGGAGAAAGGGGAGCGUCUGCCUCAACCACCAAUCUGUACCAUCGAUGUAUAUAUGAUCAUGGUGAAAUGUUGGAUGAUCGAUGCAGAUAGCCGACCUCGUUUCAGGGAACUAAUAGCUGAGUUUACAAAAAUGGCUCGGGAUCCUUCUCGUUAUCUUGUCAUUCAGGGUGAUGACCGCAUGCACUUGCCGAGUCCUACAGACACUAAAUUCUACCGUAGCCUGAUCAGCGGGGAGGACAUGGAGGAUGCAGUCGAUGCAGAUGAAUACCUGGUGCCACAACAUGGUUUCUUCAGCAGCCCAAGCACUUCUCACACCCCGCUGCUGCACUCCAUGAGCCUCAACAGUAGCAUUGGAACAUGUCAUGGCAGAAAUGGCAUAUUGAAUGGAUUCCCAAGCAGAGAUGGAAGCAUGGUUCUUCGGUAUAUUCCUGACCCCACAGAUAAAACUUUAGAAGACGCCUUCCAGCCAGCUCCAGACUACAUGAACCAGAAUGGAGUCUCAGACAUGAUGAAUCCCAUUUACCAGCACCCUGGUCCUCCUCGCACCCUUCUUCCCACCAUCUCUUCAGACGACACAGAGACUGAGUACCUAAACUGCUUUAAGAAUGGGACCAAUGGACCUGAGUACCUCAAUGAGGUCCCAUACCCCGCUAUUCUCCCUCUCACUUCCAACGGCACGGUCCACAGUAUUCAGAAAUACCAGCCCCAGAAUAGCAUAGACAACCCCGAUUACCAACAGGAUUUCACUCCCACUUUCAAGACCCACACAAAUGGACACAUCCCAGCAGCGGAGAACACAGAGUAUCUGGGUCCAGACUGAGGAUUUGAUGUUUUUGAUUUGAAUAGACAAACAGACAAUAAAUAAGAGACUGUUUCCUCUUCCGUUAGAAGAAAGACAAUGAUGUCUUGUCUGGGACAGCAUAGCCAAGUGGUACCAUCAAUUAUCCUAUAUGUUGUUUCCUGUCAUAAGGAGCCAGGUGACACUAUGUGAAGCUUUCCGUGUUGCUCACAUGUAGUUAUAUUUGUAACGCUCUUUUUCCAAAGACUUCUUCCUUUACUACCAAACUACAGAUGAUUUCAUGAAAGUUGGACAAAAGCUGACUUUUACAAAAUGAAUCAGUUGACCGGAGACAAAAUGCAUGGCAUCCAAAUGUUGUAACCCCUGUCAGAAAGUGAAAAUCUUCUCCUGAAAAUAUCUCUAAAUGUUGUGCGCAAAAUACUGCCAUCAAAUUGUGUCAGUGGAGGAAUGCUAUAAAAAGGACACAAAUGCCUCCAUGUUUUUUUAAGGAGGCAAAAGCUCUACUGCAAAGAACAGAAACUGGCAGCUCAUCCCAAAACACAACUUAAGGUACAUGUGUUGUAGAAUCUCACAAUCAAGACACAAUCGGUAAAAGGUAUUGAAGAGUUGGAUUCAAAAGGGUUGGACAGCUAUGAUGUACACACAGUGGUGCGCUCACCUGAUGACAAUGUGAAGCCUCAGAACAUUUGUCCUGUGGUGAAGUCAAGAAGAUAAAAUAGGAGUUCUUCAUAGUACAAUGCUGGCUUGACGGCCUGAUGACACUCUUCCUGAGGGAUGAGUCAAUGAGGAAACAAGAUGUUGCAAUGUCUAGAAAGUUUAGCCAGUUCAAAGGAAUGCUGGCCAUUUGCAUUGUUUAAAUAGGUUACCUUCAUGUUCUAAGACAGUUCAGUUUUGUUACUGUCUCUCUUAGAUUUCCCGAAGAGAGUAGAGUUUCUUAUAUCCCCCUGUGUGUCACACUAACUAUAGAUGUGGACGAUGUAAUGCUAAAUAUGGCAAAUGUGAUUGUGGUCAUAUUCACGCUUUGGUUAGUUCAAAACCUGCAGGACUCCUGUAGCCUAGAGUUCAUUUUUGUGGACCCACAAAGAUAGCUAAACUCUGAAGUCCAUAUCAGAAUGGCACAUCAGGCUGUGUACCCAGAAAGGUCUUUUACUUUUACUCUUUUAUUAUUUACUUCGCACAGGUGGUAUCUUCUAACUGUACUAAGAGCUUAUCGAGUUUUUACUGAGGAACUAAAACAAAAUAUGGGUUUACAGUCACCACUUACAAACACGUUCCAAUAGAGUUUUCACUAUUUUUAUGCUUUGUGACUUUUUCUUUUUUUUUAAAGUCCUGUUGAACUGUCUUAGCCUAUGUGAGUAACUUGUUUGAAUUUUUAAAUAAAAGUGGUAUUUCCCCAUAAACAUGAUGCUUUAGAGACUAUUUCAGUGACUCCAUAUCGCAUCUUUCUGAUGUGUGUGAUCUAUGUAUCUAUGCUUGUGUAUUUUUUAUAACAAAAGUAUAGACUGUUGUUUGACACAGGGGGUUGGCACCUAUGAAUCUGCUCCGAGCUUUAAAGUCUUGUAGUAUUGCAAGAGCAUUAACUUUGCAAAUAUUAUUCCUAGUUUUAAAGGAAUAUACCUAUUGUAGCAACUUGUAAGCCUACCUUUGCAGAUUUUACACAGGUACAUGUACAGAUAGCAGUGAUUUAUGCUGUAAUAUACCCUUAAAUAGUCACCUAUAAUUUAUACUAUCAGUACUUGGUUUUGCCACAUCAUAUGUGAAUAUGCACUUAUUCCUGAAUUGUGAUUCUUUUAUUCAAAAGUGGAUAUGAAUAAAUCUUUUUUCUA